GGACUGGACGCGCUUCCGGCCGGCGUGCGGCGGCCUCCUCCCGCUCGAAGGUCCCAGGUGUGCACACCUUCAGCCAGUCUCAGGGAAGAUGGCAGCCCUAGGGGACACUCAGGAGUCCCUUCCUGUCCUGUACCCUGUCAGUCUUUCUCCACCGGGGACACCUGGAGCCCAGCACCAUGAGACACGGCUUCACUUCCACAGGCAUCAGCAUGGCUCCCCCAGCUCCAGCCCUGAGGUACUCUCCCAGUCAUCUGACCAGGAUCUCCAAGACAUAGAGGAAGUUGAGAUUGGCAGAGACGCCUUCUGGCCAGAUUCGGAGUCCCAGCUGGAGCAGACUGCUCCUCACCCCUUGCGCAUCCCUGAAGAUGGGGUGGGCCAGGACGGGGGUGCGCUGCGGGGCCUCCUGAGAAGCCUUCCCCGGGGAGCCAAGUGUCCCAGGUUGGAACAGCCGGCAGGCCAACCGCCAGGGACUCUGCCCAGUGCCCAGCACACGGGCGCGUGGUGCUCGACGCUCGAGACACAGGGAGCCCCCGGGGUCGAGGGUGGGCCCGAGCGGGUUGCCGAGCUGGGGGGCAGCUUCGGCCGGGUCGCAGGCCACGGGACGCGGCAGGGCAGCCCGCGGGGGGCCAAGGUGCACCGGUGCGAGGCCUGCGGCAAGAGCUUCAAGUACAACUCAUUGCUGCUGAAGCACCAGCGCAUCCACACAGGCGAGAAGCCUUACGCCUGCCACGAGUGCGGCAAGCGCUUCCGUGGCUGGUCGGGCUUCAUCCAGCACCACCGCAUCCACACGGGAGAGAAGCCAUAUGAGUGUGGCCAGUGCGGCCGCGCCUUCAGCCACAGCUCGCACUUCACGCAGCACCUACGCACACACAAUGGCGAGAAGCCCUACGAGUGCGGCGAGUGCGGCCAGGCCUUCAGCCAGAGCUCCAACCUGGUGCGCCACCAGCGGCUGCACACGGGGGAGAAACCCUAUGCCUGCAGCCAAUGUGGCAAGGCCUUCAUCUGGAGCUCUGUGCUCAUCGAGCACCAGCGCAUCCACACGGGCGAGAAGCCCUACGAGUGCGCCGACUGUGGCAAGGCCUUCCGCGGCCGCUCACACUUCUUCCGGCACCUGCGGACCCACACAGGAGAGAAGCCCUUCGCCUGCGGCAUCUGCGGCAAGGCCUUUGGCCAGAGCUCCCAACUCAUCCAGCACCAGAGGGUGCACUACCGGGAGUAGCCGGGGCUGAGACCGGCCUGCGGGGGUCCUGUGCCCCUUCCCUCCUGGCUGGCGCUGCCUAACACGGCAUGCCCAGUG